AUGUCUUUCUCAUACGCACAAGCAGCCAAGGGCCGCUCAUCAGCAAAAGCAUCCGGUGCAGCCACGCCGUCUUCCAACUCAGUAGCCGAGGAUAUCAAUGGUCUCACAGUUGACUCCAAGGCUGAAGCGCGAGCAGGAGGAGACACAUCUAGUGUCACUUCUGCCAACAACAACGACGAUGGCUCAUCCACACCAACCGGAGCCUCCUCUGAGUCAACAUGGGACACCAAGUCGCAAAACUCAGAUCGCCCAGCUAGAGCAGAUGGCGCCGAGUCAAAGACCGACACAGCCGAAGCCAAGGGAGAGGCACCUAGGCAAAAGAAGAAGCUCCGUGAUGCUCCACCACCAACUGUCAACAUCUGGCAGCAGAGAGCGUCAACUAUGACCAUCACCAAGCCAGCGUCGCCGGCACACACAAAUGCUAGCAGCAAGCAAGAGAGAAAGGCUGAAAAGGCAAAGAACACAGAUGCGAAGAAGCCUGCUGCUAACGGCACCAGGAAUCGCGACCAGCGUCAGACCGUAGAGUCGCCUGCCAAAGUUCGCGGAAAUGCUUCAGCUCCCCCACCGACGAGCGAGGUUGCUUGGCCUAGCAUGGAGACCGCUCGCGAAGAAGAGCGCAAAAAGUCGCAAGUGCAGGACGAGAAGGUCGCGAAAGAGACCAGCACAGUACCGGCAACCAAGAAGACCGAGUGGGUCAACUACAACUAUGUGCCCAAUCCCGUCUUUGAGACCACUCUACCGCAAAGGAGUGCACCCCGUCCAGCUCGUGGAGGCGUUCGUGGUGGAAGUAAUCUGGCUGGUCGCACACCUUUCCAGAACGGAGACAAGUCCUCACCGAAAUCUGUAGACGCGGCCCAAGGACAUAUCGCCGCUGCGAAUGCCGAGGCAGAUCGCGAGUCUAUGCCACCUCCGCCCAAGCCCGUCAGAGCCGAAGAGCCCAAGGAUACUGCCGUGACCAAUGGUGUGUCCCACGAAGCUCCUGUCACAAACGGAGCCCCCAAGCGUAAUCUGUCUAUCCGCAACAAGUCCCCUCGCAAGUUUGAGACAAGUGCCCGCCGCCCUUCCGCUGCUUCGGUAAGCAUUGACGCGCUCAAUGGUUUUCAUCCUGAAGCCUCAAAGAUUGCCAACAAGGAGCGUGUUUUCGACCAAGGUCCCUCGUUCCGUGAGCCCAAACCAGCCAAGCGCGGAAGAGGCGGUCACCGCGGCGGCCUGGCUAACAGCCAUUUCCCUUCUCAAAACUUCACCAACGGUUUCCCUGGUGACUUCACUCCUGCAGCGCCCUCCUUUCCUCCACGCGGUGGCCACUACUCUCAGCAGAGCCGUGGUGGUUUCCGUGGAGGCAUGCGUUCGCAGUCCAUUCCUUUCGAUUAUGGCCGUGGCCCUUACCCCGCCUAUCCUAUGAUGAUGCCACAAGGAUACAUGCCCGAGUAUUACGGUGGCUACGCCCCUCCAGUUCCUGCCUACCAACCGGGUGUGGAGCAAAUGUACCUCGUUCCCAUGAUCUCGCAGCAAAUCGAGUAUUACUUCUCCCUGGACAACCUUGUCAAGGACACUUUCUUCCGCAAGCACAUGGAUUCUCAGGGUUUCGUCUUCCUGACGUUCGUUGCCGACUUCAACAGACUGAAGUCUCUGACCACUGACUACGAGUUGUUGAAGUACGUCUGCCUCAACUCACCCAACAUUGAGCUUCGCACUGGCCAGGAUGGAAAGGAUCGUCUACGAAAGGCAGGUGACUGGGAGAUGUGGAUUCUGCCGAUGGCCGAGCGCGACGCCUCCGCGCAGAACGAAGGCCCUGCUUCUUUCGAGCGCCCUUCUGUCCCUCAUAUCGGAAUGGCUGCACCAUUCUACCCCGGUGGUAUGGAUCAAUUCGCUGAAAAUUCCGGAUUUGAAGAGUUUCGAGGUCGUCAAGCCAAGUCUCCGCAUCGAGAGAACGGCAUGUCUCCUCUAGGCAAUUUCUUCAUUCCCGCCGAGGAUAUGGGUGGUGAGCAAGACAACUUCCCCAACACACAGAUUGACAACUUGACUGUUGUCGUUCGCAAGCAUGAUGAGACCCCUCGUCGUGCUCCCUAUCACACUGUAGGAUCCAGAACCUUCUCCGACGGCUCGAUUGACUCGAAAAACAUCUACGAGGAAGUUCAGAAGACCAAAGUUCAGGAGAAGAAGCCUCAGACAAAUGGCGCAGAACAACAGCCUACCGUUGACUGUGACGCUGCUGCAGUUGACGGCCCUGCAGUCACACUUUUCUGGGUCAAAGACCAGCACUCACCUGUCGAUACCCUACCUAAGGACACUACCCACGAAAUGUACAGCAACCUUCGCGGCAAGGCCCUGUCGCAGCGUGAAGUUGCAGCUACAGGUACCUGCCCUUAUGACAUGGAUGUUCUUUACCAGUUCUGGUCGCACUUCCUCAUUCGCAACUUCAACUCGUCCAUGUACGCCGAGUUCCGCCAUCUUGCUUUUGUCGAUGCUGCUCAACGUCAUAACUCUACUGGUAUUGCCAACCUCAUCAAGUACUACAGCGAGGCAUUGACAAGCCAAAUUCCUAUCCGCGAACGUGUGGGACGUCACUUUAUCGAGCUCCUACAGUCCGAAAAGGAUGGUGGUGAGCGUGUUGCUUUCAACCAACUUCGCGAGUCAUGGCGAAGCACAACCCUCAGUGUCGAGAAUCGCAAAAGGUUCGCCGACAUGAUGGGUGCAGACCUCAAGACGGAACUUGAGGCUUGA